CUGCAGCCCGGUACAACUUACAAGAUCAACAUCUACACUCUGAAUGGCAGUGGUCGCAGUACCCCCUUCACCCUCACUGCCACCACUGGUACAGUAGCCCCCCCUAUAAAGCCACGCGAUUGAUUUAGAUCAGGGGUUUCAAACUCAUUUUAGCUCAGGGGCCACAUGGAGGAAAAUCUAUUCCCAAGUGGGCCGGACCGGAAAAAUCAUGGUAUAUAUAACUUAAAAACAACAACUUCAGAUUGUUUUCUUUGUUUUAAUACGAUCAACAUACAACAUAAAGCUGGAGCCUGAGGACAGUGUGUCCAAAAUAGUACAAGCACAACAUCACUAUUAAUCAUAAAACACGUCAAGUUUAUUUGAAAAUUCUAAAGAAAAAGAACACACAAACACACAAUGCCUCAGUGAUUAACAGAACUGUUUCACAGAUCACAGAACUAUAUCAGGGUGUCAUUUUCUCAGGCAGAAAAUGUAGAUAAAAAUAAUGAAAUCCUGUUCCCCAAACAAGUGCAAGAACCACAGAGUCAAGAAUAGGUUAAAUAUACAAAUAAAAUAAAAUCAAUUAAAAACAAUAGCACAUUAACAUAAAAACAUAUAAACAUAAAUCUGAAAGCGUUGCUCAAACUCCCGUAACAGUCCCGUUAUUUUAUCUUUGAACCGCUUCAUGUCUGCCACAUGUUGGGUCGCGCACACAUUUUUCAGACAGGGGAAGUGAGCUGCAUCACCCACCGGCAAGUUGCGUCUCCCACAAUGACAGCUUCAAACUUGAAAGAACGUAUGCUGUCAUAAUACUGCGUGACAACUUUGUUGCGCCCUUGCAGCUGUUUGUUCAAGUUAUUCAGGUGCUCUGUAACAUCCACCAUAAAUGCAAGGUCCUGCAUCCAUUCUGCGGAAUGAAAUUCUAAAACUGGUUUGCCCUUUUCUUCCAUGAACUAUUCAAUUUCUUCUCGUAAAUCAAAGAAACGCCUCAGCACAGCACCUCGGCUUAACCAUCUUACCUCAAUGUGGUAUGGCAGGCCAUAGAUGUGGUCUUUCUCUCUGAGAAGGCUGUCAAACUGACGGUGAUUCAGGCUUCUGGAUCGGAUGAAAUUAACAGUUUGGAUGACCACCUUCAUGACGUUAUCCAUCUUUAAUAACUUGCAAACACAAAGCCUCCUGGUGCAAAAUACAGUGAAAAGUCAAAAAUCACGUCCUCCAUUUGCAGAUUGCACUUUCUCUCUGAACUUAGUCACAACGCCUGCUUUUUUCCUCCCGAUCAUUGAGGGCGCACCAUCUGUAGCCAGGCUGACAGCGCGGGACCAGUCCACUCCGACCCUGUCCAGCGCGCCGACGAGUGCGGUAAAAAUAUCAGCUGCUGUCGUUGUAUCUGUCAUCGGCACCAACUCCACGAACUCCUCGGUGACGGUCAAUGUGUCAUCAACUCCGCGGAUGAAAAUGGCCAGUUUGUGCAACAUCUGUAAUGUCCGUGCUUUCAUCAAUUGCAACCGAAAACGCAAUAAAUGACUUUACUUUUUGCUUCAACUGGCUGUCCAAAUCCACUGAAAGAUCGGAAAUCCUGUCUGCAAACUGUGUUUUCUUGUCAGGCUGAUAUUUGCAAAAGCCUUCCGCUUUUCAGGGCACCACAAUCUCCGCUGCCUUCAUCAUGCAUGUUUUUACAAAUUCACCCUCACUAAAUGGUUUUUGAAGCCACUGUGAUUUCAUUAGCAAUGAGGUAGCUAGCUUUCACUGCAGCGUCACUGAUGUCUCGGCUGUGAGUAAACACAGACUGCUGUUUCUUCAGACCCGCCAACAGUUCAUUCACCUUCUCUCAUCUCCGCUGUCCUUGAAAGUUGUCAUAUUUGUCGGCAUGAAGACUCACAUAGUGGCGACGAAGGUUAUAUUCUUUCAGCACUGCAACAUGCUCUGAACACACCAAACAUACAGCUUUCCCAUUCAAUUCAGUGAAUAAAUAGGAUGACCAUUUUUCUUGGAACACUCUGCACUCUGCGUCCACUUUUCUCUUUUUUGACAGAGACAUAUUGGGGCAAUGAGGGUGCCAAAGCACAUAAUGUUAAAAGUAGAAGCCGUAAUAAAUAUUGCGGGCAAAACAAAGUAGCUCAUUGGCUGCACGUGCUUGACCUACUUGCUCUGCCCCGGUAUAAACAGUUUGCUUGCUUAACACAAUUGCUAUUGCGCCAUCCAGUGGACGCAAUUGGAACAGCCGUUUAUUUAUAGAAAAAUUGCAGCGCAUUUUUAUACUUUACAAUUUGUUUUUUUUUUUUUUUUUUUUUCUUUUUUUAACCCGGGGCCGUUUCCCUUUUUGCGGGCCGAUCCGGCCCCCGGGCCGGCUUUUCCCACCCCUUAAUACUUGCAAAACUUGAAAAACAAGUCUCAAGCUAGAUAGGGGGUUCUCUAACCGGGCUUUUUUCCCCGGCCCUUUUUCCCCCUUCUGCCUUUCGGCCCAUUGAUCUGCCCUUCCCUCCACCCCCACCUCUCUCUCCUUCUCCCUUCCCCUUUUCAGCCCCAAUGUCCUCCCUUCUCUUGGCUCCUCUCUUCUCCCGUCUGCCUCUCUCCUGCCCCUCUCUCCCUUCCUCUUCCUUCUUUCCCCUCCUCCUUGCCGCUUCUCGCUUUCCCCCUCCUCUCUCUUCUCCUGUUUUCUCCUUUUUCCCUUGCUUUCCCCCCCUCCUCUCUCAAACCCUCGCCUCUCUCCUUCCUGUCCCCCCGCCCGGCGUCUACCCUCUACAUACGUCCCUUCCACAUCCCCCGCUCUCCCUGCUCUUCCUGAUCUCUCGCGUCUUGCCCCAGUCCCCCUCUCUCUCCCCACCCCCACACCCCCCUCCCAUGGGCCCUCACUCGAACACAAAACCCGCCCCACACCGCCUCGCCAACACACUCUGCCCGUAGAGCCACGCCUGCCCUGCGGAAACCCCCCCCACGUCUCUCCUCCCUCACCCUCCCCCCUCCCGUCAGUCAAAAAGCAUCCCUCCGAAUCCCCCUUCUGCUCUCCCCUCUCUCAUGAAUCCCCCUCCUCAUCUACCGCAGUCUCCGAUCCCCCUCUCUGCCAAUCUCCAAAGCCGAUCUCCCCAUCCCUCUCCCUCCCACUCCCUAUCCCUCCUCUCCCCCUCCUCUCAGUCUCUCCUCUCCUUCCCUCCCUCUCUCCUCCUCUCACGCUGCCUAUCCCGGUUCCUCAUCUCCUUCCCAUCUCUCGCUCCCAUCAUCCGCUCUCCGCUCUCUCCCUCCCCCAUUCCGCUCUCCCCUCUCUCCCCCCUCCUCCUCUCCCCGUCUCCCCUCCCCCCCCCUCUCCCAUUUCCAUUGUGUCCAAUGGAAGUAAAAAAUGCUUUUGGGUCGAUUUACUUCAAAUGUCAUAUGCCGUGUCCCAUGGUCACAAAUAUGUAACAAUUGGGAAGUUUAAACCAUUUUAACCCUUCAAAACCGCCCUUAUGACCCCCAAUUAAGUCACUCCUGUAAUCAGACACAGACAGACAGACAGGCAGGCAGACAGAUCUGUAGUUCUUUCGACUCUGGUGGUGUUCAACUCUGUCCUGACAGACUCUGGUGGUGUUCAACUCUGUCCUGACAUACCUUUUUUUCAACAGGCUCAGAAUGAUUGUGAGGCCAUGAAAAAUGUCAGGGUAAUCUCAGCCUACAGGACAAAAAAGAACCUGAAGGACAUUCUAGUCCAUUCAAGCCUGACUAAGAUGAAACUGGUACAGAAUACUUUACCCAAACAUAAUUUCUGUCCAAUAGGCAUUUGGCCUUGGGGGACCCAAUUGGGCAUAAAGUGAAAUUGGAUACUGGAAAUGUGGUAUCUGCGAUGAUGUGCCUUGUUUGUCAUAAACUCUAUAUUGGAGAAACAAAACAUGAUCUACAAUGCAGACUUAAACAACAUCUAUACCAUAUUAAGAGUGGUGAUAGACCCACUGUUUUGUAUGCCCACCUCAGGGCUCAUACGGCGGAGAACCUUGGAAUUGUUGGCCUGUGGAGCAAUAUGGGGUGGCUGAAAACUCAAAGACAGAGGAUCAGAACACUAGCAACCAUUGAUUCAACUGUUACCCUACGAUGUCUGGAGCCUGUGUUCCACUAUGCUUUAUUACAAAUAAAGGUCUUACAGAGUUUUUGUUGCAUCAAGAUAUGACUUUAUUAGGGUUUCAACAAAGCCGAUGCCAGUCUGCAGAAUGGCACCCCCUCUUACUCUCUCCCUCCAUCUUUAUAUAGUCCCCUCUUCAGUUUCCCGCUCUUUGAUUGCUCCGCCCACUUCCUUUGUCUCUGAGGGCGGCUAAACUCGACUUUUAUUAUGCACAUAGUACUCCAACCAAUCACUCACUCCCCUGUCUUGCGCACACACACACACUCAUGUUUCGUUUAACCAUGACAAGGCCCUAAAUCCUUGAAACAUGCACAAACCCCCCCCACACACACACAGUGAAAUGACCCAAUUCAAUUCCUGGCCCAGUAAUGAAGAAAUCUAACUCUAUGCUCUUGAUUUAACCCAGUUCUACCUCAUAGUCCAUUAAACUCUACAGUUCAUUAAUAAUAAUUCACCACACCUGCUGAUUUACUAUACCAGGGGUGUAGUUACCCUAUGAGGUCUUCUGCUUUUAUCUAUUUAUCUAUUUUAGACAGUUGAAGUCUCCACUGGGAUGAAUUGAUAGAUCUGGUGGCGAUUUUAGACAGUUGAAGUCUCCACUGGGAUGAAUUGAUAGAUCUGGUGGCGAUUUUAGACAGUUGAAGUAAACUGGGAUGAAUUGAUAGAUCUGGUGGUGAUUUUAGACAGUUGAAGUCUCCACUGGGAUGAAUUGAUAGAUCUGGUGGUGAUUUUAGACAGUUGAAGUCUCCACUGGGAUGAAUUGAUAGAUCUGGUGGCUAAUUUAGACAGUUGAAGUCUCCACUGGGAUGAAUUGAUAGAUCUGGUGGCUAUUUUAGACAGUUGAAGUCACCACUGGGAUGAAUUGAUAGAUCUGGUGGUGAUAUUUGACAGUUGAAGUCUCCACUGGGAUGAAUUGAUAGAUCUGGUGGCUAUUUUAGACAGUUGAAGUCUCCACUGGGAUGAAUUGAUAGAUCUGGUGGUGAUUUUAGACAGUUGAAGUCUCCACUGGGAUGAAUUGAUAGAUCUGGUGGCUAUUUUAGACAGUUUUAGUCUCCACUGGGAUGAAUUGAUAGAUCUGGUGGUGAUUUUAGACAGUUGAAGUCUCCACUGGGAUGAAUUGAUAGAUCUGGUGGCUAAUUUAGACAGUUUAGUCUCCACUGGGAUGAAUUGAUAGAUCUGGUGGCGAUAUUUGACAGUUGAAGUCUCCACUGGGAUGAAUUGAUAGAUCUGGUGGUGAUAUUUGACAGUUGAAGUCUCCACUGGGAUGAAUUGAUAGAUCUGGUGGUAUUUUGUAGACAGUUUGAAGUCUCCACUGGGAUGAAUUGAUAGAUCUGGUGGUGAUAUUUAGACAGUUGAAGUCUCACUGGGAUGAAUUGAUAGAUCUGGUGGUGAUUUUUAGACAGUUGAAGUCUCCACUGGGAUGAAUUGAUAGAUCUGGUGGUGAUUUAGACAGUAUGAAGUCUCCACUGGGAUGAAUUGAUAGAUCUGGUGGCGAUUUUAGACAGUUGAAGUCUCCAUGGGAUGAAUUGAUAGAUCUGGUGGCUAUGUUAGACAGUUGAAGUCUCCACUGGGAUGAAUUGAUAGAUCUGGUGGCUAUGUUAGACAGUUGAAGUCUCCACUGAGAUGAAUUGAUAGAUCUGGUGGCUAUUUUAGACAGUUGAAGUCUCCACUGGGAUGAAUUGAUAGAUCUGGUGGCUAUGUUAGACAGUUGAAGUCUCCACUGGGAUGAAUUGAUAGAUCUGGUGGCUAUGUUAGACAGUUGAAGUCUCCACUGAGAUGAAUUGAUAGAUCUGGGGCUAUUUUUAGACAGUUGAAUCUCCACUGGGAUGAAUUGAUAGAUCUGGUGGUGAUUUUAGACAGUUGAAGUCUCCACUGAGAUGAAUUGAUAGAUCUGGUGGCUAUGUUAGACAGUUGAAGUCUCCACUGGGAUGAAUUGAUAGAGGUAAAACACAUCUAUUCUUAUCGUUUAUUGGUUGGAUCAUUGUAUAUUUUUUAUUUAUUUACAUUUGACUACUUUUGUGUGUGUUGGUAGCUGCGCUCUAGCAAACAGCUGGCUGAUACAGUGCUGGUAUAGCCUACAUUAUAAGAUUAUUAUUUUUCAAACGGCAGCAAAGCAACAAUUAUCAUGUCACCGGAAUAAAACCCUCAAUAUUUAUUGGAAAGGAGCAUCAAGCUCACCACCUUGCACUUUCACCACCCUGUGAAGUUUAUCAUAACUUUUUUUAUCUGUAGCCUAGUAAACUGCAUGCUUUCCUGACGAGUCGUAGUGCGAGGACCACACAACAUGUUUACUUCGAUAUGGUUAUUAUAUCAAUAUUUGCGCAUUUCUCACAUAAUUAAUUUUACAGACACAAAACGAUCCCACCUUGUCUAGCGUUUUGUUUUGUUUACAUCAGGCCUGUCGUGAAAUGUUUUGUCCGUCAUGUACUUUACUGGUGGGAUGGAAACCUGGUUAUUGACUGCAAUGCAUUGAGAUAAACAUCAACCCUGUAAAACUCAUCUUUUCCCUUUGACUGCAAUGUAUUGAGAAAAAUGUCAACCCUGUGAUGCUCAUGAUUUCCCAUUGACUGCAAUGUAUUGAGAAAAACGGCAGCUACUGUGAUAUUUUACUUUUUUAGCAAAAAAACGUGCCAGGAUGACCUUUUUCAGGCUGAUAAUGGGCUCGGUUCAGGUUCUUAGAACCGAUUAUCGAUCUCUCUUUCUGUCCGUCUGUUUUGUAUUCUGCAGCUAAGCCGGUUGUGUCUCCCCCCACCAACAUCCGUUUCACCUCCCUGACCCCCAGCAGUAUCUCCUUCACCUGGGAGGGGUCCCGUAGUGCCGGGGUCACGGGGUAUUACGUCACCUACGAGGAGGCAGGGGGCAUCCCCAGGGAACUCACCCCACGGCCCACCGGUUACCAGAGCCAAGCAGUCAUCACUGGUAGGGCUCUCCUCCUCCUCACACUGCUGUGCUGAACCAAGCCGAGUCGAACCAAGCUGUACUGAGCUGGCCUGGUUAGCCACUAAAGUGGAUGAGUAUCAGUGUGCUGAAAAGCAAAUGCCUGAGCCAGAACCAGUUAGUUCGACAAUGGUGUGAAAAGAGUACGGUCUUCUAAUUCAGAAAGUCCUUGUAGCCUGUUUCUUUUAUUGAGUCGCUCACAUUCUGUUUUGUUUUGUUUGAAGGUCUGAUGCCAGGAACUGAUUACAUCAUCAAGAUCGUCACCCUGCAGAAUGCUCUGAGGAGCACCCCUCUAGUGGGCAAGGCUAGAACUCGUAAGUACAGCAAUCAACCUUCCCAUUUCUAUUUAGCCAUUAUUUAACAAGGUAAAGAGCCUUGGUGUUAGAUACCUGCUCCGCUCCUCUCUGUCUCUAACACUGUGCUUGCUCUGCUCCUAACCCUCUCUCUGCUAGAACUAGUGUCACAGCUCCACGUGCCCCAGCUCCCCGCUUCCCACCGGCCCAGCCCCGACAUCCUGGACGUGCCCGAGGACGAGGUUAACCCCACCUUCCCCACCGACGUCAACUUCAACCCCGGCAACCCCAACUUCAACACCAACCCUAAUGGGAACACCAACUUCAACCAGUUCAACCCCAACCCCAACUUCAACACCAACCCUAAUGGGAACACAAACUUCAACCAGUUCAACCCCAAUGGCAACCCCAACCCCAACUUCCCCCUCAAUCCCAACGGGAACCCCAACCAGUUCAACCCCAACACCAGCCCCAAUGGGAACCCCAACCCCAACUUAAACCCCAACCUCCCUCGCAACCCCAACGGGAACACCAACCAGUUCAACCCCAAUGGGAACUCCAACUUAAACCCCAACGGGAACCCUAACUACCCCCUCAACCCCAACGGCAACCCCAACCAGUUCAACCCCAACUUAAACCCCAACACCAAGCCUAACUUCCCCCUCAACCCCAACGUGAACCCCAACACCAAGCCACAACCCACCCAGAACCCCAACGGCAACCCCAACCAGUUCAACCCCCAACGUGCCCCAAACCAAACAAACCAACCCAACCACCCCUCAACCCCCAACACCAACCCCAACCCCAACAUCCCCCAACCCAACACCAACCCAACUUCCCUCAACCCCAACGUGAACCCCAACACCAACCCCAACUACCCCCUCAACCCCAACGGCAACCCCAACCAGUUCAACCCCAACGUGAACCCCAACACCAACCCCAACUACCCCCUCAACCCCAACGUGAACCCCAACACCAAGCCCAAUUCCCCUCAACCCCAACGUGAACCCCAACACCAACCCUAACUUCCCCCAACACCAACCCUAACUACCCCCUCAACCCCAACGGCAACCCCAACUACCCCCUCAACCCCAACGGCAACCCCAACCAGUUCAACCCCAACGUGAACCCCAACACCCAACCCCAACUACCCCCUCAACCCCAACGUGAACCCCAACACCAAUCCCAACUUCCCCCUCAACCCCAACGUGAACCCCCAAACACCAACCCCAACUACCCCCUCAACCCCAACGGCAACCCCAACCAGUUCAACCCCAACGUGAACCCCAACACCAACCCCAAACUACCCCCCUCAACCCCAACGUGAACCCCAACACCAAGCCCACUUCCCCCUCAACCCCAAACGUGAACCCCAACACCAACCCUAACUUUCCCCCCAACACCAACCCCCAACCACCCCCUCAACCCCAACACCAACCCCAACCCCAACUAUCCCCUCAACCCUACACCCAAUCCCAACUUCCCCCUCAACCCCAACGUGAAACCCCAACACCCACCCCAACUACCCCCUCAACCCCAACGGCAACCCCAACCAGUUCAACCCCAACGUGAACCCCAACACCAACCCUAACUACCCCCUCAACCCCAACCCUAACUUUCCCCCAACCCCAACGGCAACCCCAACCACCCCCUCAAUCCCAACUAUCCCCUUAACCCCAACGUGAACUCCAACACCAAUCCCAAUGGGAACCCCAACCACCCCCUCAACCCCAACACCAACCCCAACCACCCCCUCAACCCCAACUAUCCCCUCAACCCUAACACCAAUCCCAACUAUCCCCUUAACCCCAACGUGAACUCCAACACCAAUCCCAAUGGGAACCCCAACCACCCCCUCAACCCCAAUGGGAACCCCAACUUCAAUGGCAAACCCAACGUCAAUAGCAAUGCCGACCAGUUCAACCCCAACUCCCCCCUCAACCCCAACUUCAACAACAACCACGUCCAGCUGGUGGGGACUAAUGGCCAGGACACUCUGGGCCAGCAGGGCCAGCACAUCUACACAGAGUACCAGGGCCUGGGCCCCAAACCCAUCGGCAGGGACAACCAGGGCCCAGCUAUCCACCACGAGCACCUGGUCUACAUCCCUGUCCCGGGUCCCGAUGGCCAGAGAGUGCCCCUGGUCCGGGUGAGCGCGGGUCUGUUACCGGGUCUUCCGUUUGGGUUCCCUGAGAAUGAUACCGGGUUUGGGGUACCGCAGGAGGCCCAGACACACACCACCAUCUCAUGGCAGGGUGUUCCCCAGAGCUCAGAGUACCUGGUGUCCUGCGACCCCAUCACCAACCUCGACGAGAAGAUGUUCCAGGUGAGAAUACUACACUUACCCUGGUCUCAGAUCAGUUUGUGCCGUCUUGCUGUCAUACUUCAGGAGUUUUCUAUACAGCACAAACAGAUCUAGGACCAGGGUAAUAUACACCCACACACAAAUCCCAUGCUUAAACAUGGCGUCUAUAUAGGCCUAGUUAGCUGAAUGAUCUUCACACAGUGCAGGAGUUUCUAGUGCCCUACUGAUCUCCAGGUCCAUUGAUUCCUCCAUCAGAUGCGGUUGCCUGGCACCUCCACCGGUGCCACCCUGAUCGGCCUGACAUCUGGGGCCUCCUAUAACGUCAUCGUGGAGGCCAUGAGAGGGCAGGGCAGGGAGAAGGUCCUGGAGGAGAUUGUCACAGCUGGCAAUGCUGGUAGGUUACAUAAUCACAUAGACAUUAGUCUCUCGUGACAGACGGUGAGAUUUUGUUUCUGGCAUGGAGAUAACAUGGACAUGCCACUCACUCGGCACCCUAUCGUGUUUAAUGGCAAUGAAAUAGCAAGGGACUAUUAGACUUUUUCAAAAUGGACAACGGUUGUUAUUUAUGUGUAUAGCUCUCUCCCCUCCCCUAUGUAUUGUCUUGAAGCCGUUGAUCAAUUGUGCAUUUGUUUUUUGUUGAUCAGUUAUUUAUUUGCUUUUCAUUUAUCUGUUGUUCUGUUUGUCCCUUCUCUCUCCCCCUAGUUCCAGGAGACAACCUCCCCUCCAACAGAGAUGUGUGUUAUGACACGUUCACAGCCACCUACCAUGAUGUGGGUGCAGAGUGGGAGCGUAUGUCAGAGACAGGCUUUAAGCUGUGGUGCAGGUGUCUGGGGCUGGGCAGUGGCCAUUUCAGA